AUGCCUACGUCCACCCUAGCCCUUCCCCUGAACGUGACACUGGUGCACCCAGCAGCCUACCACGACCCUAGGUUGCCUACUGUGUCUCUGGCUGGUACAACAAAAGUGCAUACAGAAGAGCACCUCCCCGGCAUGGCCCUGGAAGGCAGCAGGAGGCCUGCAGAAUGCAGAAGCCCAGGCCCCGACGGCUUGUCAAGGCACAGCAGGGCUUCCAGGGGGAGUGUGGACUACAGCAGGUCUCAGUGCUCCUGCAGGAGCCUGAGCUCCCACUACGACUAUUCAGAAGACUUUGUCUCUGAGUGUUCAGAAGUAGCUGCCAGCAGGAAUUUUUUAGGGCAACCUAUGGCCACAGAAAAGAAAGAAGAGAAUAAAAAGUAUACUGCUUCUAAAACCACCCAGCUCACAGGCCGGAAAGAAAUCUCAGUCGAAAAAAAGCACAAUUCAUCUGUUUUUAAUUCUCAAGUCAAUAUGAUUGGCCAGAGAAGAGAUGCCAUUGCCCAUCGAAUACUCUCAGCCAGGCUUCACAAGAUUAAAGAGCUAAAAAAUGAAUUAGCUGAUAUGCAUCGGAAAUUGGAAGCCAUCAUUAUAGAAAAUCAUUUUUUGAAACAACUUCAGCUUAGGCACUUGAAAGCUAUACGAAAAUAUGAGAAUUCACAAAACAAUCUGCCUCAACUCACAAUCAAACACCAGAAUGAAGUAAGAAAUUUAAGGCAAUUACUUAGGAAAUCCCAGGAGAAGGAAAGAGCUGUAUCCAGGAAACUCAGAGAAACGGAUGGCGAGUUAUUAAAGACCAGAGAUACCUUGCAGGCUCUACAGAAACUUUCCGAAGACAGAAAUCUUGCAGAAAGGGAAGAACUGACUCAAAGAUUAUCUGCUCUUACGACAAAAAUGGAGGCAAAUGACAAAAAAAUACAGAGCUUGGAAAAACAGCUGAGGUUGAACAAUCGAACCUUCAAUCGGCAGCUGGCUAUCGAAAAUCGGAAGACUUUAGCCGCUUUUGCAGCCACAAAGACUCUGCAGAUGGAAGUCAAACGCCUGCAGCAAAAACUCAAGGAGAAGGAACGUGAGCUUGAAAUUAAAAACAUCUAUACCAAUCGAAUACUUAAAAAUUUACAUGAAUUAGACGAUUACCCAAAAGUUUCUUCAACAAAAUCAGUUCAAGCAGACAGAAAAAGUGUGUCAUUUACAUGUAUGAGCCACCAGGAAACCCAAAAAUCAGAAGAUGUUCCAUCUUUGACAACUAAGGGUAAAAUGGCAACAGGAAACAUCAGUCAUAAAGAAAAAUCAGUUGAAAUAAAUCAUGAAAUUGCUCACCAUAUUAAUAAACUACCAAAGCAAGAGGAUUCUAAGAGGAAAAAUGAAGAUUUACCAAAGGAAGAGGAACAUUUGGAAACACAAGCGCCUCUGGAGAAUACUGGAAGACAGAAAGAGAAAAAGGAAGAUCAAGAAAAGAAAACCAUUUUGCAAGAACAAGAAUUACCAACAAAAAGAAUCCCAGUAAUUCACCCUGAAAGAGAAAGCAGUCCGGGAGGUGAGCCGGUGAAGGACAAGUUCAAAGACAGCAUGCCGACGCAGGACAGCGUGCAAACGGCCGACCAGACACCCGAGAGGUGCAAGUGCGCUCCUCCCAGCUCCAAGCUGGCCUGCAGACAGCGGAAGCACUACUCCUUCUCCGAGGCCACCGAAAACCUGCACCAGGGGCUGCCUACGGCGGGUGGGCACUUGGACACGGGCAGCACGCGGUGCGGGCACAGCUCCAGCAGACACCAGGGCAGCACAGAGGACACAGGGAAGCUGGUGAGCAGGUAUGAGYCCUCCUUCGGAAAGUCCCCCAGAGCGAAAGCCAAAGACACGAGCUUCAAAGAGAAGAAGAGCCACCUCAUGGAAGAGCUCUUUGGGUCAGGCUGUGUCUUAAAAAAUGACCAGAUCAGUCCAGCUGCUGUGGACAGAUCCGAGGAGGCUCUGAAAAAUAAGGCGGCACACCACGUGCCUCCAGGUCAGGCCUCCGCAGACAACACUUUCGGAGAUUCUAACCUGACUGUGGUGGAUUCUAUCCAGUCAUCUUCACCUACAGAAGGAAAAAGAAAAGUAAUGAAGUAUAAUCAGUCAAUAUCCUGA